UUUAUUAAGCAGGAUAUGAAUUUAUCGACAUUUAUAAAAAUGUUGGUGAAACAUCCUAUACAUGAUAAGUUAUGUCACAAUCACAACAAAAUUAUCAAAACAUCCAAAGCAAUGAAACAAUUACUCAGCAAAAACCGUAUCAUAUCAAUCAAAAUCCCCACUUGUCUUAGAUCGUUUCGUACCGCACCCAACCUCAAAUACUGCACCCAUCCCCCAAAAAUGGCGCGCGUCCUCAAACUCAACAACGGCACCCAAAUCCCCGUCGUGGGUUUGGGAACCUACAAGUCGCCCCCAGGUCAAGUCCAGCAAGCCGUCAAGGACGCCGUCUCCGUCGGCUACCGCCACAUCGACUGCGCCUGGUUCUACGAGAACGAAGCCGAAGUGGGUGAAGGCCUGCACGCCAAAAUCGCCGACGGAACGAUAAAAAGAAGCGACGUUUUCAUAACCAGCAAAAUUUGGAACAACCACCACGCGAAAGAGAAAGUCGUCCCUAUGUUGAAAGACUCCCUCAGCAAGCUUAAACUCGACUAUGUCGAUUUGUAUUUAGUUCAUUGGCCGAUGGGGUUCAAAGAGACGGCUCCGUCCUUACCUACUGACGCGUCAGGGUACAGCGACGUGGACUACUUGGAAACGUGGGAGGGCAUGGAGGAGUGCGUUCGACUAGGACUAACCAAAAGCAUUGGCCUGUCGAACUUUAACAGCGAGCAAGUCGAGCGCGUCGUGACAAAUUGUAAAAUUAAACCAGUGGUUAACCAAGUCGAGGUGAACCCCAACAUCAACCAGAAAAAACUAAUCAAGUUUUGUAAAGAUCGCGAUAUCGUGGUCGUGGGGUUUUGCCCCUUGGGGCGCAGCAACUACGCGGGCCGCCCUGGAUUCCCGUCGCCCACGAUUCACGAUCCUGAAGUCAUCAAAAUGGGUGAAAAAUACAACAAAACGGCCGCUCAAGUCGUGCUUAACUAUCUAGUGUCUCUGGGGGUUGUUGUGAUACCAAAGUCCGUAACGAAGUCGCGGAUUGAAGAAAAUUUCGACAUUUUCGACUUUACGUUGGAUAAGAACGACGUGGCUUAUUUGGAUUCGUGUAACAAGAAUGAACGAUGCAGCCCCCAGACGGCGUACAAGGACCAUAAAUAUUUCCCUUUUAGUAUCGAGUUUUAAUUAAGAAAUAAACUUACCAGAGUAA